UGUGUGUUGUCUCUCUCUGUCUCUCUCUCUCUCUCUGUCUCUGUCUCUGUGUGUGUGUUGUCUCUCUCUGUCUCUCUCUCUCUCUCUGUCUCUGUGUGUGUGUUGUCUCUGUGUGCACCUAGAAACUCCACCUGAGUACAUAUGAGUGCACCCUCACCCCCUGCUACCCCUUAUUCGUGGAAUCCAACAAUGCACCAUGUCAUUACUUAGCUGUAGGGGGAAGGAAGCCACAUUGGGAGGCAUGUCUAUCCCACAUGUCGGCCUUAACUAGGCUAGGGCUGCCAGGAGAGAGUGCGAGAUAGAGAGCGACCUGGAGUUUUACUGGAGUUUUCUAUUCACUAUAAACAUUUUCUCCAUGCGGUAGGUGUGCAAGUUAUGCUUUUGACCAUUUUGCAACCAUCUCCAACUUUACCAUCUGCUUCUGGCAUACUCAAUGAAGUCUUGGAUUUUCCUUUCCUCAGAAGAUGCCAACGCUGCCGCAGUUUCUUGAAUCGAAUUCCUUCUUUACUGAAAGGUUUUGUUUUCAGUCUCUUUCACUUUUACUGUUGAUAUCCUCCUGAAAAGCUGAAAACGGUUGUGGGGACUUGUAUGGGCCUUGGUUGCAGCCCCCACAGCUAGCACCUCUGGGGACAGAGGAAGCUCUCCCACACUGCGGAGAGAGGUCAACGCUUGCUCUGCCCUCCUCACUCGUUCCUCAUUCCCUUCUCUUUCUCACAUUGCUGAAGGUUACUGGAUCAUGGAGGAUUUCCCCUUUCUGUAGAGACAGAUGGAAAGACAGAGAGGGAAUGUGAGAGACUUUCUUUUAAGAGCUGACAUUUUUAUCUUUCAAGGACUUUCUACAGCAGUUCUAUUUAAGAAUCCGUCUCUGGAGUUUGGACAACAGAAGAGACAACCUCAAAAUGGAAUGCUAAUACAGCUAUUCAAGAAGGCUAUCUGGGGCACUGACUGAAGACCGCUGGUCUUGUUGAGACUUGCGUAGCCUACAGCACUUGGGACUCCUUUAUUUUCUGCUUCUCCCCAGCCUCUCCCCUUCUCAUGACCUACAGUUACCCCAGUAUCCUGGUGCGUCAGAAGGGCUUGCGUCCUUUCUUCCCCUCCACCUGGCUCUCGCUGCCCAAAGGGCAGCACACCUGUGAUCGGGGGGCUGGUCCGGGGACACCCACCUACCCACCCACCGCUCACUGGGUCUUCCCAGGCAGUAGCAGCAUGUGGUGGCUACAGCCCUGGCAGGAGAGCCCUUCGGAGAGGAUGAGCUCCAUCUGAGCUCCACCUCGUCUCACAGCUGUUGUGGGUGUGUGGAGCCUCUCUUUUUGUUGUCAGCCCAGCAAGUCAUACUGUAGCAGCCAGAAGCUUUGACCCACAAUGAACAAAGAUCACCGAUUUCCAAGGAAAGGGAGCCUGUUUGGCUGUGGCCCAAGCAGCCACGGUCGGAGACACUCCUGCUUAGGCUUUGAUGUGGAGAAUGGGAUGUCGGUGGGGCGCAGUCCCCUGGACCCCCAGGUCAGCCCUAUCUCUGGCCUGGUCCUACAGGCCAACUACCCCCACAGCCAGCGCCGCGAGUCCUUCCUCUAUCGCUCCGACUCAGAUUUCGACCUCUCGCCCAAAGCCACGUCCCGCAACUCCUCCACGGCCAGUGAGCUACAUGGAGAAGACAUGAUUGUGACACCAUUUGCACAGGUGCUUGCCAGUCUCCGAACAGUCAGAAGCAAUUUUGCCUACAUAACUCAUCUGCAAGAUCGGCCCAACAGGCGGCCAUCAGGCAGCAACCCUCCCUCCAUAACUACCCACACCAAGUCAAGCAUAACAGACGAGCCCUACCAGAAGCUGGCCAUGGAGACGCUGGAGGAGCUGGACUGGUGUCUGGACCAGCUGGAGACCCUGCAGACCCGUCACUCAGUCAGUGAGAUGGCUUCCAACAAGUUCAAAAGGAUGUUGAACAGAGAGCUCACCCAGUUGUCAGAAACCAGCCGGUCAGGAAACCAAGUCUCAGAGUUUAUCGCCAACACUUUCUUAGAAAAGCAGCAUGAUGUGGAGAUUAUGUCUGGGCCUCCUAAGGAGAAAGACAAGAAGAAGAAGAGGCCCAUGUCCCAGAUCGUUGCAGUGAAGAAGCCUGCCCUCAGCCCCAGCCUCACCCCCACCCAGAUCCCCCGUUUCGGGGUCACCACCCUCCAGGAGGGCUUAUUGGCCACGGAAUUUGAGGAGAUCAACAGAUGGGGUCUAGAUAUUUUCAAGAUCGCUGAAUACUCUGGGAAUCGGCCUUUGACAGUGGUCAUGUACUCCAUUUUCCAGGAGCGAGAGCUGCUGAAAAACUUUAAGAUCCCAGCCGACACCUUCAUCACCUUCAUGAUGACCCUGGAGGACCACUACCACGCCGACGUGGCCUACCACAACAACAUCCACGCUGCCGACGUGGUACAGUCCACCCACGUUCUCCUCUCCACCCCUGCCCUGGAGGCUGUCUUCACUGACCUGGAGAUCAUGGCUGCUCUGUUUAGCAGUGCUAUACACGAUGUAGAUCACCCCGGAGUGUCCAACCAGUUCCUCAUCAACACAAAUUCUGAGCUGGCUCUGAUGUACAACGACGCUUCUGUCCUGGAGAACCACCACCUGGCUGUGGGCUUCAAGCUGCUACAGGAGGACAACUGUGACAUCUUCCAGAGCCUCAGCAAGAAACAGGGGCAGUCCCUCAGGAAGAUGGUCAUCGACAUGGUGUUGGCCACUGACAUGUCCAAGCAUAUGAACUUCCUGGCUGACCUGAAGACCAUGGUGGAGACCAAGAAGGUGACCAGUCUUGGAGUGCUGCUGCUGGACAACUACUCAGACCGCAUCCAGGUCCUUCAGAACAUGGUUCACUGUGCUGACCUCAGUAACCCCACCAAGCCCCUGGAGGUCUACCGUAAGUGGACCGACCGCAUCAUGGUGGAGUUCUUCACCCAGGGGGACAGGGAGAGGGACAAGGGAAUUGAGAUCAGCCCUAUGUGUGACAAACAUAAUGCCUCCAUCGAGAAGACCCAGGUGGGAUUCAUAGACUACAUCGUCCACCCUCUGUGGGAGACGUGGGCUGACCUGGUCCACCCUGACGCCCAGGACAUCCUGGAUACCCUGGAGGACAACCGGGAAUGGUACCAAAGUAUGAUCCAGCGCAGCCCCUCACCCACACUUGAGGACAGGGAUCUUGACGGGGGGCCAGGAGCCCUGGAAGCCACACCGGGGGGAUGCUGCGCCUCCGCAGGGGACAAGUUCCAGUUUGAACUCACCCUGGAGGAGGAGGAGGAGGAGGAGGAGGGUGACUCAGACCUGGAGAGCCCCCCCGAGGAGGAGACGUCACAGGGGGGAGAGACCUCUAGGAAGACCCCAGCCCUGUCUCUAUCCCCAGAGCCCAGCAGCAGAUACCGGCCCCCCUCCCCCCACCCUGGCCGGGCCCUCAGUCUGGCCACCAUGUCGGUUAGGAGCCCCGACCUUCUCAGAACGUUGGGCCCCGGGGUGGGCGCGGACGACAUAGGCGAUAGGGACAGAGAACUGGGCCAGGAAGGCAGUAGUGUAGCUUACCUACGGCUUGGCACGUAACACAAACCUUGGCCCUCCCUUCAACUUAUUCCAUCCCUGCCUUGGUUUGUGGGUCCCAGCAGCAAUUGGACAUGCAGGGUGGGAUUUCUAUCAAGUCUGUAAUGACAACAGUUCCUUUACACUGGAGACACCUUAACACUUUUAAUAUUGUAGAACAAGAAGUAUCGUUUUAUUCUCUAUUUUCUUCUGUGUACGAGAUAGGACUUUUUAGUCCUGCAUUCUGUAGUUGAUUCUGGGCGGAAAGUGUCUUAGACUCGAAGGUAGAGAACUGACCACAAGCUAACCAGUCUCACCAAUGUCUCCUGAUCGAAGCAAGGAAUUAUACUGAGAAAACGAUGUCUUCCUCAAAAUGAUGGAAUAUAGAUAUUCAAUGGAAUAUUGCAAGGAUUGUAAUAAUUUUACAGGGUCUUGGAACUUUUGCACCACACAUUUUGUCUCUGAGAAUUAUGUGAAUGUUUUACCAAAUCCAGUAUGUACCUGAAUAGUGAGAGAAUUGUAACUUAAACCUCAGGGUAUGACGAGAUAUAAAUUAUUUUAAUGUAGCAUGGACGUCUUGGGUACCCCUUAACGGAGACUGCCUGUUUAGAGUUGUGUUACUGAUGACAAACAGCUCUUAGAACCUUACCGCUUCAAGUUAUGCAAAAAUACAUAUUUAUUUGUCUGGCGACCUCUAUUGAUCUCAAUUGAAAAGUUAAUUAAUGAAUUUGAGAACUAAAGCAAUUUAAAUAUAAAAUGUGAAACGAACAGUACCAGUAAAUUGUAUUUCAAAAUCCCGAAGUACUAUGGUUGAUUGGGGUACCCAAUACAAGUUGUUUUAAAUCUAGACUAACACCGCUUACACUCAUGUUUGUAAAGUUGUAUGUUUCUAUGUGAUUAUGUUUUACGUUGUCACGUUUUCUAUUUGAUUUGAAAUGGUUCCGUUUUGUUAUAUAUAUUGGGUAUGUCCUCACCAUGGGUGUAUUCAUUUCACCGAUUCUGUUGCAAACCGGAAAACUGGUUUCUACUGGAAAAAUUCAGGUAGGUCUGUCCCCGUUUCGUUUCAUUUGCUCGGUUUGCUUUGGUAAAUGAUUUCCGUUGCAAGACGUAACGAACACACCCCAGGUCUGUUUGUCUCUGAGCUUUGUAAGCAUCAUUAUCAGGGUGUCUCCAUCAUACAGUAGCACUUUACACUUUUUGUUGUAGAGGAAGCCCAUUCAGUUCUAAAGAACUUGAGCCAAACCAUGAUUUUAGUGGUCAGCCAUGGAAGGCUGUAGUUCCUGUCCAAAAACAACCCCCAGGCCUAACGCCUAGCAAUAGGGAGAAAAUUCAACCUAGCAGAGAGUGAGGUGGAGACAUUGUCAUGUAGCUUAAAGGGGCAUGCAGUCAAAAACGUGAUAUCCUGUGUUUUAUAUAUACAUUUCAACACUGAGGUUGAAAUAAUACUGUGAAAUUGUGACAAUUAUGAUAAUGCACUUUAACAGCUAGUUCAGGUUACACAUCCCUCCCAUUAGGCUCCUCGGACCACUCUGACAGUUCUAGCUAAAUUCUUGCUGGAGAAAUGGUAUUUUGCCAAGCCAUUUGUUUCUUUUUGAGAAUUUUAAUUGAAAAUGAUCGUAAUUGUUACCCAGAAAUAAUUUGAUAUUGAGAUAAAAACGGCUGCAUUGAACCUUUUAAACCUAUAAAAUCCUGUCAGAUCUCCAGAAGUGUGGAAGGGUUAGUGGUUGUUUCUGAACAGGGCCACAGUGUGGACUAAUUAGGGCUUAUUCAGUAGUGUGUGAUGCUUUGAAAGUUGCAGAUAGAAAUGUAAUGAACAGCGUUGAUAUUAUUCCCUGUAGUACACAACAGAAAACCAUGUCUGGUUUACACAAUACUGUACAUUCUGUAUUGACAUUGGAUACUUUUUUAUUCGCCUGAAUAAGCCCCUAAUGUCUUGAUUGAUUUGUUCUUGAAGGAAACUAGUUUAUAGGGAAAAUCUUUGGAAUUUGCGCAAAAUUUGCCAACCUAAGUCGUUAUGAAAUGUUGAACAAAGUUCUAUCUGAACUGUUGAUUGUAAUCAUGUCAAAGUUUGACUUUAAAAUGUGUUGAGUUUCAGCAAUUAUCAGUUAGAAUUAUGCUAUAAUUUUAAUGGAAAUUGUAAUACCUUGACUUUAUAUGUUGGAUGUAAUGCUUCGAUGUAGAGCUCUAUUCAAUCCGUAUCGCAGAAGUUCAGCGUUAGUGUUACUGGCAUUUGAAGGCAAUGUUCCUGAAUAACGGAGACUGUACAGUAAACGCUGCAUAUGUCGGCUCGAUCAGAAGUUACCAUCAUAUCGCAUAAUCUGUAACGCUUCAGCGAUACAGAUUGAACAGGGCCCUUAUGCUCUGCUCUUCACAGGGCUAUAGCUUUUACCUACAGUAUGUGAAUGUCAAUUGAUCACAAACAUCAAUUUUCAAAGUUAAUUUCUAUUAUUGCGUUCGCUGAUUGCACCCUAAUUUUUAAGUUAAACCAAUACUGUACAACUUAACUAGCCCCUGCCAAAUAUAAGUACACUGAACAUUUUUUUCCCCCCAUGCGCUCAAAAGGCUUCUCAAAUGUCUUAUUUCUCCUUUGCCAAGAUAAUCCUGACAGGUGAGGCAUAUCAAGAAGCUGAUUAAAUGGCAGGAUCAUUUAUUGUGCUGGGCACAAUAAAGGCCACUCUAAAAUGUGCAGUUUUCUCACAACACAAUGUCACACAAGUUUAGAGUGAGCUGACUGCAGUAACGUCCAACAGAGCUGUUGCCAGAGAAUUUAAUGUUAAUUUCUCUACCAUAAGCCGCCACCAACGUCAUUUUAGAGAAUUUGGCAGUAUGUCCAACGGGCCUCACAACCGUAGAACACGUGUAACUACGCCAGCCCAGGACCGCCACAUCCGGCUUCUACACCUGUAGGAUCGUCUCAGACCAGCUACGCGGACAGCUGAUGCCACUGGCACACUGGAGAAGUGUGCUCUUCAUAGAUAAAUCCCAGUUUCAACUUUAUCGGGCAGAUGGUGUUGUGUGGGUGAGCGAUUUGCAGAUGUCAACGUUGUGAAGCUACAGACAACGAACAACAAUUGCAUUUUAUCGAUGGCAAUUUGAAUGCACAGAAAUACCGUGAUAAGAUCAUGAGGGCCAUUGUCGUGCCAUUAAUCCGCCGCCAUCACCUCAUGUUUCAGCAUGAUAAUGCAAGGAUCUGUACAUACAGUACCUUGCGAAAGUAUUCGGCCCCCUUGAACUUUGCGACCUUUUGCCACAUUUCAGGCUUCAAACAUAAAGAUAUAAAACUGUAUUUUUUGUGAAGAAUCAACAACAAGUGGGACACAAUCAUGAAGUGGAACGACAUUUAUUGGAUAUUUCAAACUUUUUUAACAAAUCAAAAACUGAAAAAUUGGGCGUGCAAAAUUAUUCAGCCCCUUUACUUUCAGUGCAGCAAACUCUCUCCAGAAGUUCAGUGAGGAUCUCUGAAUGAUCCAAUGUUGACCUAAAUGACUAAUGAUGAUAAAUACAAUCCACCUGUGUGUAAUCAAGUCUCCGUAUAAAUGCACCUGCACUGUGAUAGUCUCAGAGGUCCGUUAAAAGCGCAGAGAGCAUCAUGAAGAACAAGGAACACACCAGGCAGGUCCGAGAUACUGUUGUGAAGAAGUUUAAAGCCGGAUUUGAAUACAAAAAGAUUUCCCAAGCUUUAAACAUCCUAAGGAGCACUGUGCAAGCGAUAAUAUUGAAAUGGAAGGAGUAUCAGACCACUGCAAAUCUACCAAGACCUGGCCGUCCCUCUAAACUUUCAGCUCAUACAAGGAGAAGACUGAUCAGAGAUGCAGCCAAGAGGCCCAUGAUCACUCUGGAUGAACUGCAGAGAUCUACAGCUGAGGCGGGAGACUCUGUCCAUAGGACAACAAUCAGUCGUAUAUUGCACAAAUCUGGCCUUUAUGGAAGAGUGGCAAGAAGAAAGCCAUUUCUUAAAGAUAUCCAUAAAAAGUGUCGUUUAAAGUUUGCCACAAGCCACCUGGGAGACACACCAAACAUGUGGAAGAAGGUGCUCUGGUCAGAUGAAACCAAAAUUGAACUUUUUGGCAACAAUGCAAAACGUUAUGUUUGGCGUAAAAGCAACACAGCUCAUCACCCUGAACACACCAUCCCCACUGUCAAACAUGGUGGUGGCAGCAUCAUGGUUUGGGCCUGCUUUUCUUCAGCAGGGACAGGGAAGAUGGUUAAAAUUGAUGGGAAGAUGGAUGGAGCCAAAUACAGGACCAUUCUGGAAGAAAACCUGAUGGAGUCUGCAAAAGACCUGAGACUGGGACGGAGAUUUGUCUUCCAACAAGACAAUGAUCCAAAACAUAAAGCAAAAUCUACAAUGGAAUGGUUCAAAAAUAAACAUAUCCAGGUGUUAGAAUGGCCAAGUCAAAGUCCAGACCUGAAUCCAAUCGAGAAUCUGUGGAAAGAACUGAAAACUGCUGUUCACAAAUGCUCUCCAUCCAACCUCACUGAGCUCGAGCUGGAGGAAGGAGGAAUGGGAAAAAGGAGGAAUGGGAAAAAAUGUCAGUCUCUCGAUGUGCAAAACUGAUAGAGACAUACCCCAAGCGACUUACAGCUGUAAUCGCGGCAAAAGGUGGCGCUACAAAGUGUUAACUUAAGGGGGCUGAAUAAUUUUGCACGCCCAAUUUUUCAGUUUUUGAUUUGUUAAAAAAGUUUGAAAUAUCCAAUAAAUGUCGUUCCACUUCAUGAUUGUGUCCCACUUGUUGUUGAUUCUUCACAAAAAAAUACAGUUUUAUAUCUUUAUGUAGCCUGAAAUGUGGCAAAAGGUCGCAAAGUUCAAGGGGGCCGAAUACUUUCGCAAGGCACUGUAAUUCCUAGAAGCUAAAAAUGUCCCGGUUCUUCCAUGGCCUGCACAGUCACCAGAAAUAUCACACAUUGAGCAUAUUUGGGAUGCUUCGCACAGCUGUAACUCAGUAAACUCUGAAAUUGUUGCGUUUUAUAUUUUUGUUCAGUGUAUAUAACAAAGUUCACUCAAUUAUCCUUAAUGGAGGACAGUGAAAUCUGAAAAUAACAACAAAAUUCAACAACAGCUCCAGCCUGGGAACUAACACUAAAGUAUUUCCCGCUUACUCUUUUCCUGGUAAGGCAGGGGGAAAAGUACACAAGUAUUCAUAAAUAACUUGACCAUAUUCUAUUCACUCAUGUUUGGUAAUAAUAAGCAAACAGCUCAAAUAAGAGCCUUAAAUUGUGACUGGAGAGGAGCUGAGCUGUAUCGUGGGUAAAACGUACAUAAAUCAGUGUCAUUCAGUGUUAAAUGUGUUGUCAGAGAAGUUAGAAUGGUGACUCUUGGUCCCUUUAUUGCUUUGCUGAAACUGACAUGGUAUACCAUUACGGUGAUUGUUCUGUGUGUCUUUUUUAUCCGCAAUGUUGGACAGUAGUAUAUUUUGUCUGUCAAAAUGUAAGUACGGUAAGAGAUCUUAAUUUUUCUGGAGCCAAAAAUAUUUUACAAAUUUGCUUAAUUUAAUAAUUUAAAAGUAAUUUUUUAAAACAUUUCUGGAGUUCAGUGAAAAUGCCAAUAAAUUAUGGAAACCUG